AUGAACUCGGGAGUUAGCACGCUGUGCAGGAAUGUGGGGAGAUUCGGUGGAGCGCGCUAUAGACUAUUGGCAAAGCGGCAUCUCGGGAAUUUCGAAACACCACGGUUUAUAAGAUCAUAUGCUGUACCACCAACGUCACCAAACAAUACUAGCCCGCUUGGUGCUGAUAACACCGUGGAGAAUAACCUUCAAACGGAGACCAAUAGACUGGAUAAGACGGGUACGAAAUUCUGGAAAGAUGUGUCAUUGAAUGAGAGUAUAGAACCUGGGAAGACGCACAUACAAUUAGACUCUAAAUCAAUAAGGACCCCCAUGGGUAAUUCACUAGCUGUCUCGAAGAGUAACCAAUUUUUAGCAUGUUUGCUCAGGAAAGAAUGGGCGAACUUACCAGACCUGUCUGUCAAACCGUACUCAUUGCCCCUAACUUCGUUGGUAUCCCGUUGCAUUGACUUGGAAGUUUCGAACGCAGUAAACGCAGCUCCUGAUUUGGUAGUGAAAAUUGGUGGUGAUAGACAUACAAUAAAUAAGGAUCUACUGAGGUAUUUGGAUACAGACACCUUAUUAGUUUUCUCUCCCAGGGACGAAUUCGAAGGUGCCCUGAGAGAAGAACAGGAUACAUUAUACUUGCCAAUUAUCAAAGCAGUUGAACAGUUUCUGACUGAUAAUUUCUCCAAGAAAACAGUACAUUUGAAAAUACUCGACGCCGAUGUUCAUGGUAUAGCGAGUAACAUGCAAUCUGCAGAUUGCGUUGAGUCUGCUACCAAGUACCUGAACUCUUUGUCACCAUGGAAUCUAGCACUCUUUGAAAAAACCGUUUUAACGACGAAAUCUUUUAUAUGUGGGAUCCUGUUGAUUGAAAAUAAAACCAAUCCCGUGCAUCAAAAAAACUUAACCUAUUCGUUAGACGAGAUUGAAAGAGCCGCCACAUUAGAAAUUAUUUAUCAAACUGACAGGUGGGGAGAGGUGGAGGACACACACGACGUAAAUAAGCACGACAUUAAAAGGAAUCUUGCCGCAGUUGCGGUUGCAGCGUAUAAAAAAACGAAUCCUUAA